ACUUGGGUCACUCGCUUUCAUGACUCAGUAAUAUACUCACUCACCUUCUAUCUCUCGUCUUCCCUUUCAUUCUCUCUCUAAAACAAAACAAAAAACCCUUUUUUUCUCACUUUUUUGUUACCUCUCUCUCUCUGAACAACAACAUAACAUUGCGUUCAUCCCUGUUAUUUGCGGUGGCCUUUUUAGUCUUUUCACUCUCUCCCUUUCUCAAAUCCAAUCACACGGUCCAUCUCUUCCCACGUCACCUUCGUCUUCUUCAUACCCUCCCCACCUUCUUUUUCUGUCGCACCCCCUUUCUUUUCUCUUUCACUAUAUAACCAAUUUUCACCCUUUUAGGGUUUUCAUUCUUCAUUCUUCAUUCUUCAUCGCUCUCCGCCACCUUACGCAUCGUUUCAUGGUUCUCGCUACUUCCUGAUUUCUCCUCCGAUUUCAUCAACGUUACUUCCUCUCUCUCUCGAUUGAGGGUUUGGAUUGAGAUCUGUUUGAUUGGGGUUUGAAUUUUUUGAAUUCGGUUUCCAAACGCGCUUUUUGGCGGCAGUUUGGUGUUGUUAUGUUUGAUGGCAAUUGAGAAGAACAGCUUUAAGGUGUCUAGGCUUGAUUCUGAGUAUUCGCCUUUGAGUAAAGAAACUAUGUCUAGUGGUGAUGAAGAUGAUGUUCAGCGGCGGAACUCGGCUAAUGAAUCUGAUGAAGAUGAUGAUGAGUUUGAUGAUGCUGAUUCUGGGGCGGGGUCUGAUGAUUUUGAUUUGCUUGAAUUGGGGGAGACUGGGGGUGAGUUUUGUCAGAUUGGGAAUCAGACAUGCAGCAUUCCGAUAGAACUUUACGAUCUUUCGGGGCUUGAAGAUAUACUUUCUGUGGAUGUGUGGAAUGAUUGUUUGAGUGAAGAGGAGAGGUUUGAACUUGCUAAGUAUCUUCCUGACAUGGACCAAGAGAAUUUUGUUCAGACUUUGAAAGAGCUUUUUACUGGUUGUAACUUUCAAUUUGGGAGUCCAGUUAAGAAGUUAUUUGAUAUGCUGAAAGGUGGUCUGUGUGAGCCGAGAGUUGCUCUUUACAGGGAGGGCUUGAAUUUUGUUCAGAAGCGGCGACAUUAUCAUUUGUUGAGGAAGCAUCAUAACAGCAUGAUUAGCAAUCUUUGUCAGAUAAGGGAUGCUUGGCUUAACUGCAGAGGAUACAGUAUUGAAGAAAGGCUCCGUGUCCUGAAUAUUAUGACCAGUCAAAAGAGUUUGAUGUGUGAGAAGAUGGAAGAUUUGGAGGCUGAUUCUUCAGAUGAACAAUCUGGUGAAGGCAUGUGGAGUAGGAAGAACAAGGAAAAGAAAAAUGCCCAGAAAUUAGGUCAAUUUCCUUUCCAUGGUGUGGGUUCAGGUUUAGAAUUCCAUCCACGAGAGCAAUCAGUGGUUAUGGAACAGGAGAAGUCUAGCAAGCAAAACCCUAGAGGUAUACUCAAGCUGGCUGGUUCAAAGACUCAUUCAGCAAACCCAACAGGUCACUCGUCUUCUGUCUACCAUGGUUUGGAUAUGAACCCCAGGCCUAAUGGUUCAGCUUUUGCUCGUUCUCAACAUAUUAAGUCAACUGGAUAUGAUGCGGGGUCAAUCCACAGAAUGAGGGAUCCAUUGUGGAAUGAAGACGAUGAGAAUAUGUCAUUUGGACUAGAUGUCCAUCGAGAUCGCAAUGCAUUCCGAGGCAGCCUGAUGGACAAGUCUAGUGCCCUGAGAGUGGGAAAGAGGCACGACUUUCUGAGAGGUGAUGAGAUAGAGGGUGGCAAUUUGAUGGGUCUGUCUAUGUCUUCAAAGACUGAUCUGCAUGGAUACACAAGAAAUCCAACCCAAUUCUCUGAUAUGCAGCUGUCCACGGCAAACCCCCCUUCUAAGAGAGGUUCACAUGAUUUUCCUAGAAAGGGAAAGUAUGCUGAAAAUGUUCAACAAUUUGUAGGCAGUGUUCAGGCGAAGUCAAGAUCAAGGGGUUCAAAGACAUCACAUAAAGUUGAUAUGAUUGACUCACCAUACCAUGAUGAUCUUUUCUGCAACAAAACACCAGCACAGGAAUUUGGUACGGAUUCAGUACUUAAAUAUGAUGAUUGGAAUCCAAAAAGCAAUAAACGGAAAGCAGACAGAGAGUCUCCUGAUCUCAGUUAUACAGCUUAUAGGUCUUCCUCACCACAGGUCAGUGAUAGACUUCUAUCCUCAGACUUUAGAACAAAAUCAUCGCAAGAGAAGAUUAGAGGGAAUUUUGUACAGAAUGGAGUAAAAGAUAUGAAGUCUUUGAGGGCUAGCCAUAUUCUCCCAAGAAGUGAAGAAACUGAAUCAGAUUCAUCAGAACAGUUGGAUGAUGAUGAGGAUGAUAAUCCUUUAUUGCAGAGAAAAUUUACUUACCCAGUUGGUACAGUUGCUGGUUCUCUGACGAAAUCAUUGAAGUCUCAUCUAGAUCCUAAGAAGGCCAAAUUUGGUAAGACAGAUAUGAAGGCACAUGUUAUAACACAAUCGAAAAAGAAAGGCAGCUUUGCAGAGCAGGGGAACAUGCGUGGAGCAGAAAAUUACCUUUCAAAAAAUGCAAAGCAGAAGAGUAAAAUACUCAAUGGUGGUCCUUUGCGUAACCCUGCUGGUAAAUUCAUUGAAGAGAACUAUCCCUCAGGAUCAGAUAUGCUAAUUGGUGGUCAUGAUGACUGGAGACAAUUGUAUAAAAGCAAGAAUGAACGAAUGCGAGGGGAACCUGUUGAAAGGUUUGACGUGCCAUCAUCAAUUGCAUAUGCUGCUGAGCAUAAGAUGAAAGGGAGAGCUGGCCUUGAUCAUUCUAUUUUGAGGUCAAAAUAUUUACAUGAUUAUGGCAAUGAUGAGGAAGAAUCACUGGAAAAUCGGUUGCUAGGGGGGGAUGAAAAUGGAGUUGGACAUGGCAGGUUUUGGAGAAAAGGGCAGAAAAAUGUUGCAUAUAAGGAUGAGCAUAAUGAAAGAUCUGACGCACCAUUACUUGGUUGUAACUCAACAAUGAAGAAGCGAAAAAUGAAGCAUGGUGCAGCAGAUUCUGUUGGAAGAGAUGAAGAUGCCAAUCUUCUGUCAACCAAUCCUCCCAAAACAGAUGACUUGCCUUCUUUUUCUAUGAAAAAAAAGUCAAAGAAAAAAACAGGGGCUGAUAUGGUUAUUUCUGAAAUGGAAAAUUCUGAACUGCUUGCUACUGAUACAGUGGCAGCAGACAUGGAACUGGAAAUCAAGCCACAGAAAAAGCCAUUUAUUUUGAUCACACCUACUGUCCAUACUGGAUUUUCAUUUUCUAUAAUGCAUCUUCUCUCUGCAGUCCGCAUGGCAAUGCUUAGUCCACCUGCAGAAGAAAGUUUGGAGGCGGGGAAACCUAUAGAACAACAGAAUAAAACGCAGGAAGACAGUCUUAAUGGUGUUAUUUCUAGCGAUAAGGUGGCUGCCAAUGGUGAAGCUUCUGACCAACUAAAUAUGCCAUCUCUUACUGUUCAGGUGAUUGUCAAUCGUGUGAGAUCAAACCCUGGCGAUCCCUGUAUUCUUGAGACACAAGAGCCAUUGCAGGAUUUGGUCAGAGGCGUUCUAAAGAUAUUUUCUUCCAAAACGGCACCUUUAGGAGCAAAGGGUUGGAAGGUACUAGCAACUUAUGAAAAAUCUACCAGAAGUUGGUCAUGGACUGGCCCAGUUUUGCAAAAUUCAUCGGACCGUGGUACCAUUGAGGAGGUGGCAUCUCCUGAAGCUUGGGGCCUUCCUCAUAAGAUGCUCGUUAAGUUGGUCGAUUCCUUUGCCAAUUGGUUGAAAUGUGGUCAGGAUACUCUUCAACAAAUAGGAAGUCUCCCUGCACCACCCUUGGAAUUGAUGCAAGUCAACCUUGAUGAGAAGGAAAGGUUUAGAGACCUGAGGGCCCAAAAGAGUCUCCACACCAUAAAGCCAAGUUCAGAGGAAGUGAGGGCUUAUUUUCGCAAGGAGGAACUUCUCAGGUACUCAAUUCCCGACAGAGCUUUCUCAUAUACUGCAGCUGAUGGUAAAAAGUCUAUUGUAGCUCCUUUGAGAAGAUGUGGUGGGAAGCCAACAUCAAAAGCCAGAGACCAUUUUAUGUUGAAACGUGAUCGCCCACCACAUGUUACAAUUCUCUGUCUUGUGCGAGAUGCAGCUGCUAGGUUGCCUGGAAGUAUUGGUACUAGAGCAGAUGUUUGUACAUUAAUUCGAGAUUCUCAAUACAUUGUUGAAGAUGUAUCUGAUUCACAAAUUAACCAAGUAGUUAGUGGAGCCUUGGAUAGAUUGCAUUAUGAACGUGAUCCUUGUGUGCAAUUUGAUGGCGAGAGGAAACUAUGGGUUUAUUUACAUAGAGAAAGAGAAGAAGAAGAUUUCGAGGAUGAUGGCACGUCGUCCACAAAGAAAUGGAAGAGGCAGAAAAAAGAUGCCACUGAUCAAUCUGAUCAGGCACCAGUAACUGUUGCUUGUAAUGGGACUGAAGAGCAGAGUGGAUAUGAUUUGUGCUCUGAUCUCAAUGUGGAUCCACCAUGCAUUGAAGAUGAUAAGGGAGCAGUCCAACUUAUGUCUAACGAUACAAGGCUGAAUGCAGAGGCUCAUGUUGACGUCAAUCCUGCUUCUGUAGAAGGCAAUGUUUGUGAGGACAAUUCAAUGGCUUGGGAGACUCUUGACUUGAACCCUACUCGAGAGUUAUGCCAAGAAAAUUCAACAAAUGAAGAUUUUGGCGAAGAAUCCUUUGGGAGAGAAAGACCUGUUGGACUACUAAGUGCAAGCUUAUUGUGAAGAACACUGCAGGAUCAGUUCAUCUGCAUUCAAGAAUUCAAUCACAGUGGUUAUAGCUGUGGUUGUAUAUAUUGUGGGCGCAGUAUCUUUGUAUAUUGAUUUGGUCGGAAAGAAUAGGAUAGAAUUUGUGAUCUUGUUGAAGAUCAUGGAAAGCUGGUUAGGUUAGCUGAAUGUUUUUGUGGUUUUACUUUUCAUAAAUCAUAAAUAAUAAUACCUUUUAGGUCUUGAUAUAAAAUGAUCUUAUUUUGCUUCUUGUGUGAGGGAUCAAGAAGCUCAAUUGUUGCCAUUGUAUUGCAUCGCAUUAUUGUGUAUAUAUACGGUUCCAUUAAGACAUUAUGUCAGUAGUUCAUCCAAUGAACAGGACAAAAUAUUUUAUUA